GAAUAGAUGUCAGACGGAUCAGUUUCCACGGACAGUGAGGUCUUCUGGGACUCCGUUGUUACCCGUUAGUGUUUCAGCAAACACUAAACUAACCGACCUCCGGGAGGCUGGGCUUAACGCUGUGUGUCCAAGAUGGCGGUUAUCUCCAUUGAAAGGAUGGGGCUUCUGUCUGUGGUCUGUGUGUCUCUGUUUUUCAGCAGCACCUUCGCUGUGGACCGGGGAAACUUUAAAACCUGCGAUCAGAGUGCCUUCUGCAAACGUCAACGUGCGCUCAAACCGGGCCAGUCUCCAUACCGAGCUCUUCUGGAUACUUUGGAGCUCAGCAAAUCCAGACUGACCCUCCAGCUCAUCAAUGACAACAACAAGGUGCAUUUGCUGUUGGAGUUGUACAGACUGCAGGGAAAUAUGACACGGGUGAAAAUAAAUGAGCUGAGGCCUCUGAAGCCUCGCUUUGAGGUGCCAGACGUGCUCAUAGCAGAGCCGCCUACUGAGCCUCUCUCAGUGUUGUCUCAGGAUGAUAAUGGAGUCGUGUUGUCUCUGGGAGCAGAGAGCCAGAGGUUGAUUGUUAGUGCCCGUCCAUUUAGGCUGGACAUUAUGAAGGGACCAGAGGUGCUGCUGUCACUUAACUCUCGUGGCCUCUUGGCCUUCGAGCACCUGCGGCUUCGCAAGGACACGCAAGCAGAGCAAGAUGGUGCAGAAGUAAAAGAGAGUGUAGAUGAAGCUCAGCUGGAAGAUGAAGGGGACAAGGUGGAGGAUGGAGAGAGUGAUAAAAAGGAGGAUGGCCUAUGGGAGGAGACAUUUAAAUCUCAUACAGAUACCAAACCAAAUGGCCCCACAUCGAUCAGUUUAGACUUCUCCUUGCCUGGUGUAGAACACGUAUAUGGAAUUCCAGAGCAUGCGGACAACCUAAAACUCAAAACUACAGAUGGUGGAGACCCGUACAGGCUGUAUAAUCUAGAUGUGUUUCAAUAUGAACUCUAUAACCCAAUGGCCUUAUAUGGAUCAGUACCUGUCAUGCUGGCUCAUAAUACACACAGAACCAUGGGCAUUUUCUGGCUUAAUGCAGCAGAGACCUGGGUAGACAUUAGCUCUAACACAGCAGGAAAGACUGUUUUUGGAAAGAUGCUGGAUUUCGUGCAAGGCUCCAGUGAGACGCCACAGACAGACGUCCGCUGGAUCUCUGAGAGUGGCAUCAUUGAUGUCUUCAUCAUGCUCGGGCCCACACCUUCAGAUGUCUUCUCACAGUACACCUCUCUCACAGGCACUCAGUCCUUCCCUCCCCUCGCUAGUCUGGCCUAUCACCAGUGCCGCUGGAAUUAUAAUGACCAGGAGGAUGUGCAGUCAGUGGAUCAGGGAUUUGACCAGCAUGACAUCCCUUGUGACUUCAUUUGGCUUGACAUCGAGCAUACAGAUGGCAAGCGCUACUUCACCUGGGAUACGCAUAAGUUCCCUCAGCCUAAAGAGAUGCUACAGGGUUUAUUGGCCAAGAGGCGUAAGAUGGUGGCUAUAGUAGACCCACACAUCAAGGUUGAUAGUGACUACAAAAUCCACAGCGAGAUUACUUCUAAAGACUUCUACACUAAAAGCAAGGAUGGAGGAAAUUAUGAAGGCUGGUGCUGGCCAGGAAACUCCGGUUACCCAGACUUUACAAACCCAGAGAUGCGGGCCUGGUGGGCCAGCAUGUUCGCCUAUGAUCAGUAUGAGGGCUCAAUGGAGAACCUUUAUACUUGGAAUGACAUGAAUGAGCCAUCUGUGUUCAAUGGCCCAGAAGUCACUAUGCAUAAAGAUGCACUCCAUGGAAGCUGGGAGCACCGAGAUGUACACAAUAUCUAUGGACUUUACGUGCAAAUGGCCACUGCUGAGGGUCAGAUCCAGCGAUCUGGUGGAGUUGAAAGGCCAUUUGUGCUGACCAGAGCCUUCUUUGCUGGAUCUCAGAGAUAUGGUGCUGCCUGGACUGGCGAUAAUGCAGCUGAAUGGGACCAUCUCAAGAUCUCUAUUCCCAUGUGUCUCAGUCUGGGGCUUGUGGGCAUUUCUUUUUGUGGAGCUGAUGUAGGUGGCUUUUUUAAGAAUCCCAGCACUGAGCUGCUGGUUCGCUGGUACCAGACGGGGGCCUAUCAGCCAUUCUUUCGAGCUCAUGCCCAUCUAGACACCCCACGCAGGGAACCCUGGCUCUUUGGCCCAGAGAACACAGCAAUCAUCCGGGAGGCUGUUCGCCAGCGUUAUGCCCUGCUGCCAUACUGGUACCAGCAGUUUUACAAUGCACACAAAACCGGAAUGCCUGUCAUGAGACCUCUGUGGGUUGAUUAUCCCAAGGACACAGCGACAUUCACCAUUGAUGAUGAAUUCCUCAUUGGGAGGGAUUUGUUGGUUCACCCAGUCACUGAGGAAGGAUCUCGUGGGGUCACAGCAUACCUGCCUGGAGCUGGAGAGGUUUGGUAUGAUGUUCACACCUUCCAGAAACACAACGGCGCACAGAAUCUGUACAUCCCAGUCACUCUUAGCUCUAUCCCAGUGUUCCAGCGUGGUGGCUCUAUCAUCCCUAGGAAGGAUAGAGUACGAAGGUCUUCUGCAUGUAUGGAAAAUGACCCAUACACGUUGUAUGUGGCCCUCAGUCCUCAGAAAUUUGCUGAAGGAGAGCUCUACAUUGAUGAUGGCCAUACUUUUAACUAUGAUACAAAGAAAGAAUUCAUUUAUCGUAGCCUCACAUUUACCAACAAUGCUCUCACCUCCAGGAGCCUGUGCCCAGACUGUAACUUCUCUACCCCCUCAUGGAUUGAAAAAGUUAUCAUUUUGGGGGCUAGCAAACCCAUCAAGGUUCUUCUGAAGAUGGAUGGCAAAGAAACCUCUGUAGAGUUUGAGUUUGAUGCCUCCAUGUCAGUGUUAACCCUUCGUAAACCUGGGAUGAACGCUGGGGCCGACUGGACCCUGCAGCUGCAGUAGUGCACUGGAUCUCUACAGCAGCCAGGGCCUGAUGAGAUGAGAGACCCAAAAAAGAGAAUCAAGAAUUUCAUUAUUACUUCAUGAACAUACAAACAAAAUUGAAAAAGUGUAUUAGUGAUUCUGUGUUCUGGGUCAGAAAUAUCUCGGUGCUCAAAAGAAAUGGAUCCAACUGGCAGGGUCAGACAGUAAAUUCUUUCCAUUUUAAAUGUAUUGAAAUGUCAUUUAUCACUUAAAAGUUUUGUUUUUAAUUCCAUGUUGUGAAAAAGAAGUGUUAAAGUCACAAUUAAAUCAUCAUACAAGGCAGAAGAUUUAGAUCAUUUGUGAGUUUAAGAAAUCUGAAUUAUUACUGGAGCAAAUUGGUCUGACAAAUCCUUCCUUUUCAAAAAGGACGACAACACAUCAGGUCCUCAAAUCAUUACUGCAUGUCCCACAGUUUUAAUGACAUUUAAGCUCCAGUAAAUGGUUUAUCGGUGAUCACAAUUGCACAUCAAGGGUUUUUGAAUUUCAAACAAGUUAGUCCUUUACUGGAGACUAAUGAGCAGGAUGUGCUCAUGGCUUGGUUUAAUAGGGGUCUCUUGGGUUUGGAAUAUUUUUAAGGGAUUUUGUUUUUUUCUUGUUGAUUAAUUUUUGUUUCUCAGUGCACUUGAAUAUGUCAGGUGUGUUGGGACAGGGUGAUUAUGUUAAGCCCAGCACUUAUAAUUAUUCCAGCCUCAUGUACUGUGAUGAAAAAGAUUUUGUAUAGUUAAUUUUAAGGUCAUCAAUUAUAGAAUGAUAGAUAUCAUAUUCAACAGAGUGACUUAAAUGUUUUGAACAGAGCCUUGUUGAAAAGGGCUUUGUGUGCAUUCCUGCUUAAUCGUCUUAUGUGACUGUUGUUGAUUUUCCAUUUUAUGGUUUAAUUCCAUUUUUGAAGGUGACCCUGAAAGCAGUUUGAGACUGAAUAUAAUGUCUAAUGUAUUGAUGAAUGGGUGUUCAAAUAAAAUGGUAAUAAAUAUUAAUUGAUAUUCCCAAA